CUGCAUAUUUCUUGGGGACUUAAACAGCAGUUGACUCAGCGCCCCCUCUAUUUUUUGACUGGCCAGGACCAAAGUUAAAAGGACACAUCCAGCUGUUUUGGGAGAGAGGGUUAAUUUUUUUACCUGCUGGGCAUGUUUUGUCAAGAGUUAGCCUACAGUAAAAUGUACAUGUACCACCUUAUUUUGCAUAAUUGUACCAUUAAACAAUCUGAGAAAAGUUAAGUUUUGCACAGAGAUUGUGGAGAUUUAUAAUCUGAAUGUCUGAAUUCUCCCUCCACUAAUGGCUUCAUCCUGGACUUUAAUCCCCAUGAUAACUCUGGCCUAAGUGACUGGACUUGCCUGCACCCACCGGGGGCCCCUGCUGUUCCAGGGCUGCUGCUUGGGGCUUUACAAGGAGUCACAUUUUGUUUGAAGUUUAUUUUUUACUGCUGGUCCACGCUCAACACAUAAUGAGCUCUUCCAUGUCUCUACAAAAAAAAAGCAGAGUUAGGCCCACUCGCAAGUCAGUGGCCAAUGGAAAGGCUUGUGGAUUAACAGCAGUAUUUAUGCACCGAUAUGUCACAUACAGCACAUUAGACCAGGACGGAGGAGAUGCAGCACCAGAACUCAAGGAUGAUUUUCCACAAGUCCCCAUUGAGGACAUUAUGCUGCCUGCUGUUCCUACCAGGUUUGAUAAAGGCAACAUCUCUUGUUAAAGUAAAGAAUACUGCAGGGAAUUCAGUUAGCAUUGACUCAGCUCAAGCGCAUGAUUUCCUGACUAAUUCUCGUCCUAAGAGGAACAUCGACCCAAAGUGGUACAGAGCCAAUCCUGAUUUUCAGUCCUACUACCGCUUUUACAAUAGCAUUGGGCACACUGAGGGUAUCUAUGAGAUUGAUAAGCUCAGGAUGCUGUAUCAGCAGAUGCGCUUCUUGGAAGUGACCUAUGGCCCAGACGCCUCCAGUUAUCAAAGUGUCAUGGGUGUACAGACUACCACAGAAGCACCAACUACAACCACCCAGCCUCCUCCACCUCCCACCACCCCCGCUCCUACACCAGACCCUCUGGCCAAUGCUCAGAAGAUCUAUCUGUGUAACCCCAAAGACCCACUGUGCAAACCUCACAUUGUCUACCUGCCAACAGGGGCUUUUCCAGUGCUGUGUGACCCACGACACAACCCGGCUUGCAGGCCAAAGACAGAGGAGGAGAUCAAGGCUGCAGCUCCUCCCCAACCACCACCUCCAGCUCCAAAGAAGUCUGCCCCACCUCCACCUCCUGUUAUUACUGUCAAAGCUAUGGAGUAUGACUGCGACCCAUACUGGGAUCCUGACUGCCUCAUUGACCACCCUCCUUCCUCCCAGGAAACAGCUGCACCAGAAGAACCUGCUGAGGAGAAAGAGGUGAAAGAAGAAGAAGUAGCAAAAGCUGAGGAAAGUGGCCCUGCAGCACCAGACACAGAGAAACCACUCUACCCUUACUUUGACCCUUAUGAUUUCAAACGUGACCUUUAUGAUCCCUUUCGAUAUGCCAAUCCAGCUCCUGAAGAGUAAACACAAAGAAACUUUUAGAAAGUGAGAUUACAAAACUAUACAACAAGACCAAAUUAAGACAGGGGUGUGAGGAAAAUCCACAAAAAUAUAAAUAAAUAAAUUAAAUCAAAUGAGGCACAUCAUCAUUCAUGGUGGGUUUGUUUUCCAAAUCUCACCAUGCCUUUACUGUAUGUUUGUAUGAGUGCUCUUUCUGUAAUACACAAUAAAGGUUUGUGUCUAUUUAAAAUAGUAAAGUGAUAAA